GGCCAUCUUGUCGUUGGAGCGGCCGAUCCCAACAGGUACUACGAUUUCCGGCACCAGUCCGGCCAUCUUGUCGUUGGAGCGGCCGAUCCCAACAGGUACUACGAUUUCCAGCACCAGUCCGGCCAUCUUGUCGUUGGAGCGGCCGAUCCCAACAGGUACUACGAUUUCCAGCACUAAUGGCUUCGUCUUCCAGACAUGCUCAACGCUCGAUCUUCUCACCGUGCGGUGGCUCACGAGGAGGAUGGCCGCAUUUUUGUCACUGGUGGUGAAGAUGAAUUCGGUUAUGACAUGGACCUGGUGGAGUACUGCACCCUUCCGUUCGGCAACUCUGCAGAAACCGUAGAAUCACACAGAAUUCUCACCUGGCAUCGUGCGGCACCCAUGAAUCAGAAGCGCAAAUACCAUGGUCUGUGCUACGCAAAUGGUAAAAUUGUGGCUGUAGGAGGUGGUAUCAAUCGCCUUGAACUCACGCGGACAGUUGAAGUAUUUUCGCCUCCAGAUCGCGCUAAUCCCUUGGGUCAAUGGACAUUUGUAAGGCCUCUCGACAUAUCCUUCAAACAUACCUUUGUUGUAGUCGUAGAUGAUUACUUCUAUGUUUUCCGUGAGUUCCAUUUCCUUGAUCUUGCAUGUGUCUUAAAUGUCAUUAGCUUGAUAAAUGUAACGAUAUUUUUUGCUAUCCGACGAAUGUAUAUGAAUUAG